AUGGAUAGCUGUGUUCGCGCACUGAUUGGAAGUUGCGUCAAGCUCCUUGUCGGGAGCUCAGGCUUCCAGGCCGAGGGCCCACCUACACAAUCAUACCGCCCCAGCUUCCUUGAUCACAUUGCCAGCAUCAAUAAAAAAAGAGGUAAAAACCGUCUCGUCUUUAUGGCUGUCGAGAAUCGUCCCAAGAUAUCCCCGCAUGCCCUUCCUCCCGCAGAGUCAGCAACCUUCCUCGAGUCUUCAUUUUUCUCACGUAAUGGACCGGGGACUGAGCUGCCAUCUCCCGCAAACGUUCGUGAACAGGGCACGGUACAAGACCCAACGUCGAAGGACCGUGACUUUAGUUUUCAACCUGUUCGCUAUGAGCAGCUCGGCCUAAUUGUGAAGUACGGACGCGCCCCUCAGGUAACGGUGGCCGAAGGCCAGUUGCUCUGGGCGCUCCGUCGCGUCUUACCUACCGUACCUGUCCCAGAAGUGUACGGCUGGACUCAUGAUAACGGUCAAGUCUUUAUCUAUAUGGAGCUAGUACAGGGCGUUACCCUUGAGCAACGGUGGGAAUCUCUAGAUCGGGUCGAGCGAAUAGAGAUUUGCGAGCAGCUUCGCGUUAUGAUUUUAGAACUUCGCAAGCUACAGCACGCACCAGGCGACUUUUUCCUUGGUCAUAUCAACCGUGAGCCACUUGGCGAUAUCGUUUUCACCAGCAAUAACUGCCCCCCCGCGGGACCCUUCCUCUCGGUCGCUCAAUUUCACGAUUGGAUGGAGAUAGUAAUCAAGACAGGUAUUCGACAUCAUUGGCCGGGUAAAGAACUUUCUGAAAUUCCAGAUCCUUAUCGGAAUAGUAUGCCAGAUGAUGCGGAAGUUGUCUUUACACAUGCCGAUCUCCAUCCAAGCAACGUCAUGGUUUCAGAAGAUUCUCCUUCUAAACUUCUCGCGAUUAUCGACUGGCGGCAAUCAGGAUGGUAUCCAGACUACUGGGAGUUCUGGGGUUUGCUUCAGGGAUCCUUAAGCCGAAGACUCCAGACGGCCGCCCAUCAUCGACACCAAGCCUCCCUCGAAGGAGUCAUUGACUUCUCUUCGCCAUCAGAUCCUUUGAGCCCCGCGGAUCUAGCCCUAGCCAGGCUUACGUUCAACCGGCUGCUGGACCACUGCGAACCCAUACAAAAUAACAAACCGUAUAAGAAAGCCACGCUAGUGCGCUUGAUGCAUGAGCACUCUCGCGCGGAGGAGGUUUAUUUGCAGAAAUUCUUCCUCUACCUUGGAAGUGAAAACGGUGGCGGCGGCAGCGCAUCCAGCGCAUCUGGCGUUUCAAAGGGCCUGGCUCGGUUCGCUGGAUUCGAUGCCUCGAACCCAAAUGAUGUGAAAAAGGAUGCGGAGAGCGCUGUGGAUGCGUUUGCCAAUUACCUGUUCGAUAACUUCUUUUUACCGUGUAUGGUCGAUCACCGCGAAUCUAAAAUCUAUUACCACGUGAGUGAUGUGAAGGCAUCAGGGCUUUUAACACCACAGCCCACACCUGCGUCCCUAUCAGCCCCAUUGUUGGAAAACGUAGUAGGAACUCCAUCAAGGCUGUCAACUCUGCGGCGCGAUUGCCUCAUCCGCGAUCACUACCGCUGCGUGGCUACGCGGGCCUUUGACGAAGAUGAAGCGGUGAGGAGGUACGACAGGGACGGUUCAGAAGCCAAGGAUGACGAGGACCGGCCAUUGAUCGAAUCUAAAGAUUCGGUUGAGCAUCUCGAGGUGGCACAUAUCAUUCCACACUCUCUCAUGUCGACAGAUAGUAAGCAGCAGUUAAGUGACUCGAAGAAGUCGGCCAUUGCUAUCCUCGACAUGUUUGCUCCCGGCGUGAUCCACGAGAUCGAAGGCGCCAACAUUGAUCGGCCAACCAACGCCAUUAGUCUCAGGUAUAACGUUCACCGACAAUUUGGAAGCUUCAAAAUCCACUUUGAGUCAAUGGAUCCAGCAGCCUAUCCGCCACACACCUAUAGAGUAAAUAGUGCGAAGGUAGGUAGUACCCCUUUCUUACCUUCUUGGUUACCAGUCAUAAGGACUUUCUACCUUUCACCUAACUGUACCAUCGACCCGCCUUCCCCAAGACUUCUUGACAUCCAUCGUUCGUGUGCCGUUAUCCUCCACCUCAGCGCAGCGGGAGAGUAUAUUGACCAGAUCCUAAGGGAUCAAGAGGAGCCAUAUAUUCCUAGCGACGGCUCUGCUCACCUGGGCCACCUGGUCUCGCUGAAGCUUAGCGGCUGGUUUUGA